CAGUUACUGUGUAUUAACCAGUUACUUCACUGCAAAUCUCUUGUAUCUUUGUCUGCUUUUAUUUUUAACAGAUUUACCCACAUCUAACAUGACUGUGACACCACAGACUGUAUUCACUGGAGAGACAGUCAAUCUGACAUGUGUGAUUGAGUCUUACAGUAACUGGAGAUAUGAGUGGUAUAAAGGCAACACAAACAGCAGUGUAAUGUUACAAACGUCUGAUCAUUACACUGUAAACAGAGACACUCUCACUAUCAGAGGAGUGAAUGAGUCUGAUCAGGAUCAGUACUGGUGUAGAGGACAGAGAGAUGAAAGACCAUCAUCAUCACAGGAGAGUAAACAAAUGUAUCUGUCUGUUCAUGUCUCAGCAGCUUCAUCGUCUUCUCUUCUGGUCACUGUUGUGGUUGUGUUAUUGAGUGUUUUCCUGUUGAUCUUCAUCUCACUGUUGCUGCUGUGGAGAUACAAGAAGAACAAAGAUCAGCAGCGUAACGUUAACCAGACAUCAGACCCAAAUCAAUCUGGAGAAUUUCAGAUGGAAAACUUUCCUCUACAGUCUGCAGAUUGUGAUCACAUUUAUGAUGCUGUGACGGAAGUGAAUAAGAGAGACAAAGAUGAUCCACAGUCAUUUUCAGAGAUCGUAUAUUCAGAGGUCACAGUUCAGAAAAAGAUAUCUGUCGAUAAAGAUGAUACCAUAGCAGAGUCAAAUGAGGUGACAUACUCAGAAGUCAGAACAAAAGUAAAGAUAUGCAAAAGCAAAGGUGCUGAUGCUGGAGUUUGUGAUGCAGUUUAUGCUGAACCUAUUAGGAAAAAAGGUCCCUUAGUGCAGUGAAGACAACAGACGACAAAAAGAGAUUCACAGCAGCAGACACAAUAACGCUUACAUUGCUUAAGAAAUGAAUUGAAGUGAACUGCUUUUGCACAUGCUUGACUAAAAAACUUUAGAGAUACUUAUGCAUAUAUGGACUAUUAUUUGUACACAUGCAAGCUAACAAAUCAAACUAUAAUAUACAGUAAAACAUUUUACAAGUGAGCACUUAUGUUAAUGAAGUGUGAGAUUUAUAUUUAAUAAAUAAACAUACAAAGUCAAACAUUUAAA